CAUCUAUUUCCUUCGAAAUUGUGAAAUGGAAAUAAGGAUUCAAUUUGAGAGCCCGACGUUUUUGGUUGUUUUCAAUUUUCAAUUUUCUACAAUUUUUUUAAUUAAAUUUAGUGGUUGAAUGGCAAAAACCGGACAAGCGGCUCGAUUGGCUCGAACGGCUAACCGCCUCGGCCGCUCGCCAACCGCUGCAUAAAACCGGAGCGGCUUUUAGACUGUUCCGAGCCGAUUUUGUGACCGGGUGGCGAUUUUACCGCGCGGGCCGAGCGGCUCGGCUUUAAUAACACUGGUAAUUUAGGUUCAAAUGAGAAUAAUUUCAUGGAAAGACUUUAGAAAAAGCAUAUAUAAUAGAAAGUUUGACUUGCGCACAAUAGCUCGACAACAAUAACGAUCGUUUGGUUUUGGUGAUAGUUUAGGUGAGAUACUGAGAUUGUUACAGUGAAUGCAUUAUCACCAAUGCAUCGUUUUCUGGUUUUUUCUGUAACAAUCAUGGUAAAGAAAACCGGAUCGUACCGGCCGGUUGAACCGGUAAAACCGGAAAUUCGCUCCUGGCCGAUACGACAAGCAGUUUGUGGUGAAGGAGUCGUCCCGGCCGGUUUUCCCGGUAAAAUCGGUUCAACUCAAAAAGCCACCCGGUUUUGGUCUAACCGGGGGUCAGCUAACGGGAACGACACGACGUCGUUUUGCGGUGAAGGAAAAAAAAAAAUUCGGCCGAAGCCUCAAAAGCACAACCCUAAAUCAUCGGCCGCUUCGUCCUUCGUUUGCUGCUGCUGGCGACCUCCCACUUCUUUUCGAGCGACGACCAGCCCGGCGAUCCUCCCUCCUCUUCUCGACCGGGGACCAGGGCCCGGCGAUCCUCCCUCCUCUUCUCGACCGGCGAGGCGGCGACCGGCGACCUGCUCUGCGGUUUCUCUGCUCCAGGCUGCUCCGCCUCUAUUCCGCCACUACUCCGCCGCACGCGUCUUCCUCCCCUGCUCAAGAAGAACACAGCGACAGCAGGUAUGGUUGGACGGCGAACACACUUCCCCCAUCUUUGAAUGAAUCGCAAAAUUGGAAUGAAUAUGGGUCAAAGAAGGAGACGGAGCAGAACAAUGGAGACUGAAGGGAAUUAACUAGAUAGAGCAAGUUGAGGGAGUCAAAGGAGACGAAUCAAUUAAGAGGGUUUGAGGGAGUCAAAGUAGAUCUCAUUUCUUCUUUCCGAAUAACUUCCUCCCUUCUUCAGCAAAUCAAUAUCUUCUUCUGUGGGAAAUCAAAACUAGGGAUUGCAGGCUUCGUAGACAAAUCUGGGUACCGAGCUUAGCCCAAUGACGACAUCGAACUCCUAGAGUGCCGGCAUCUAGACCAGAGCCUCCGCUUUCCCUUUAAAAGACAAACAUUCAUAGAACAGACCCUCAAAUUUCCCUUAAUCCUAACAAAUCAUCCGAUUUCUCUUUAUCCAACACAAUGACGAAGAAUAGAAAGCCUCAUCAUCCAGGCUAAGGCCAUCUCUCAAUCCCUCGCAACCGCCGAAGGCAAAAAAGAAUCAUGUUUUAAGGGUGCUUCUGCUUCAUAAUUGAGGAAGAGAUAGUUUAGUGAUUCUUAUUUCCUGCUUGCGUGCAAUCCAACCUUGUCUGUGUUUGCUUAUUUAGUUUAUUCAGGUUUGUUAUCCGGUAUAUUCCGGUUUUAUUCAGAAACGGUAUCACAAAUCUGCCGGUACGGUUUUUUCACAAAAAAAUAUUAUUUAUUUACAAAAACGGUAUUUUGCCGGUACACAACGAUUGAACCACGGUAGUACCACAAAAUACCCUACCACUAGCGGAGCCGGUAUGACUUCCGGUACGGUUUUCUUUACCAUGGUAACAAUGCAUCCAUUAUUUUGUUGAUGUGAUAGAAAGCAUAACAAUGACAAGCUUGGUAAUGGGUACUGAGGGAAAGUGUAAGUAAUAAACUAAAUGGGGUAUCUUUUG